AUGCACCUCCGAAAUCACUUUGCUAUGCAUGGAAUCUUGGACGAGGAGGCUGACAUCGCCAUCGCUCUUCCUUUGCCGCAGCCGGUGCUCCCCAAAUCACCACUCAUCCGCACCUCUCCUGGACGAUCCAUAGCCGUCCCCACACAGCUGCACGCAUUGUCCCGCACUCACAACAAUACCUCGCCCCUCGACCGCCCCUAUGCCUGUAUAACCGCUCCCCUGGGGACGUACGAGCGUCACAUCUACAACUCCUUCGCGCCAAUGACCUGUCUUGGAUGCAACUGCACAGCCUCGUCCUCAUCUCCAGCGCCAUCUCCGCCACCCACGUCCUCAUCUUUGUGCAGCGUGACCCCAAAAACGGCCACGCACCUUGCCCACCAACACCCCACGACACCUCCCCCUUCCUCCAGCGACGGCAGCAAUCACAAAAUACAAUACCAACACCGGCCCGGCUCCUCCCACAGAGCUCCGCAGCCGCCGUCUGCAGCACAACCCGCCGUCCUGCUCGAUCCAUCGCAAUUCAUCCGGCCCUCCAGACUCGUCCGGAUCCUCGCGCCAACGACCAAACCCACCCCCGCCACCGCCAUCCCUACCGAGAAGGACGGCAAUACUUUCAAGAUAGUCGCGCACUGCCCCAAGCACUCAUCCGCGCUUGAGAAGUCGCAGUGCUGCUUCGACUCUCACCCUCCAGCCGUCUGGUCCUGCCGCGGUGGCGCUGCCGAGGAAGGCGAGGCGGCGGCGACGUCGACAUGGGCGCCCCGCCCGUCGCGCCGGUGCUUCAGCAUAGCGAUAACCCUGUGCAUCAUCGUCUUCGUCAUAGUCGUGACGCUAGCCGUGGUUUGGACGCUUGUGAUACAGAAGGAAAAGUGA